AUGUUAUAUAAAAAAAUCAAAAACGAAGAGAUCAUCAUGCCAGCCGAGCAAACUGGUCUGGUGAAAGAGAACUAUUUGUGGAAGGUCCUCAUGAAGCGAGGAACUCUCCCCGAAGGAAGGUUCAAGGACUGUCCUAAAGGAGUCCUCGACGAGGAAGUGUUCACCUUGUCGUGGUCUCCGACACUGGUUGCCUUGUCCUACCUCCUAGACAGAUGCGUAGACGAUACGUUACUCAUCCAGAAACUAAUGUCAGGCUAUCGGAAGUGUGCUACGAUUGCUGCUCAUUAUGGCCGCUACGAAGUUUUUGAUCACCUUAUUCUAGCACUAUACAAAUUCACCGGUAUAUCUUCGGCCGAUUCACCAUUAGGCGUUCUCCAAUUGCUCGGAGGCGACCAACGAGCACAAUUAACUGCGAAGAUGAUGUUCACAUUGGCUCACAAACACGGCGACGUGAUGAAAGAAGGCUGGAAACAGCUUGUUGAUUGUUCGCUAAUUUUAUACAAAAGUGGCCUGAUGCCGGCGAGUAUGACCACGGCCGACGAUUUCGUCGAGACCAAGGGCUGCGUCUCGAUCGCCAGAAGACCUCAGGAGAGCAAUGCCAGGGCUGAGCACGGACUUAUCAGCAGUAUCGUCUCCCAUAUCACCUCGUCUGUGAGCGCGGCUCAGAAGGAACAGGAGGCUCAGCUACGCAAGAUCGCGCAGACUUGUGUGAUCAACUUCCAUCCGGAAUUCAUAUUUUCCGAAUCGACGUUCCUGCGCACAUCGGCGCUCGAGGAAUUGAUCAAGGUUCUCAUCGCCCCAUGCCCCGUUCCUCCCUCGCAUUCGUUCGUCAACGACACGGGCUACGACGAGGAGUCGACUGUUUUCGCUCUGGAACUGCUCGUGAAGGUGGUCUUGAAGAAUAAGGACCGAACCAUCGGCUGCUAUUUGGAACCCGAUCUAGAGUGGUCGUCAAGCAACAACCUAGACAUCCAUGUUAUUCCGGCAGAGGGAGGGUCCUGA